GAAGAGACACGAGUAUCAAACGCUGUGUUUACAUCUGUUUUAUUUUCUGUUUGUUGAUUUUCUGUAAAGAGAUUCUUAUUUCCGUGUAUUUUAGUGUUGAGAUGAUGAGAGAUGAGAUGGAGAUUAAAACGGAACCUACAGAAAUAAAAACUGAACCCAUAGAAAUAAAAACCGAACCUACAGAAAUAAACAUUGAACCUACAGAAGAGGAAGAUCCCACUGAUGAAGAUGAGGACUAUCAUGAUGAUGAGGAUGAAGAAAUAAAAACUGAACCCACAGAAGAGGAAGAUCCCACUGAUGAAGACGAUGAUGAAGAUGAUUUUAUUCCUUCAGAUGAGAAGAGUGAAUCAUGUUCUAAUGGAGAAACCUUUUCAACAUCAGAAGAGCGACUGACAGAACAAAUUCUUUCUUGCAUCGCCUGUGGAAAGACAUUCAGAUCACAGAGACAAUUAGAGAGACAUGAGAGAAAACACACAGAACAGAAAGUCUUCACCUGCACCAGAUCUGAGAUCAGCUUUACCACCUUACAAGAGAAGAAACUUCAAUUAAAACAGCACACAGAGAAGAAGAAAAAGAAGAAGAUAAAAAAGAAGCAGCAGUUUCAUUGUCAGCAGUGUGGGAAAGUUUGUGUCUCUUCUUCUUGUCUAAAAGUUCACAUGAGGACACACAGUGGUGAAAAACCUUUCUACUGCAGUGAAUGUGGCAAAUGUUUUAGCACCACAGGAAAUCUUGAUUCUCACAAGAGCAUUCACACUGGAGAAAAACCAUACAAGUGUCCUCACUGUGAGAAGAGAUUCAGACAAAAGGACCUCAUGAGGAGACACAUGCUUGUACACAUCAAUGAGAGAUCGUAUCAGUGCAGUCAAUGUGACAAAUGUUUCAGAACCAAAGGUAAUUUUGUUGUUCAUCGGAGAGUUCACACUGGAGAGAAACCUUACCACUGUAAUGUUUGUGAAAAGAAUUUCAGUGGACAUGGCAGUUUAGUGUCACACCAGAGAACUCAUACAGGAGAAAAAUCGUACAAAUGCUCUCAAUGUGAGAAGACUUUUUCUUGGUUAUAUUCCUUAACAAUCCAUCAGAGAGUUCACACUGGAGAGAAACCUUACGUUUGCUCUCAAUGUGGAAGGAGCUUCACUAAUUCAUCUCAUUUAAAAGCUCAUCAGAGAAUUCACACCGGAGAAAAACCUUACCACUGCUUGAUCUGUGGGAAGAGCUUCUCUAGUUCAAGUACUUUGACUCUACAUCAGAGAGUGCACACUGGAGAGAAACCACAUCACUGUAGUGUUUGUCGGAAGAGUUUCAGUCAACAUGAACAUUUAGUAAAACACCAGAGAACUCAUACAGGUGAAAAACCUUACAAAUGCCCUCAGUGUGAGAAGACGUUUGCUGAGUCAUAUUACUUAAAAACCCAUGAGAGAAUUCACACUGGAGAGAAACCUUACGUCUGCUCUCAAUGUGGAAAGAGUUUUUCUACUUCAUCUUAUUUGAGAACCCAUCAGAGAAUUCACACUGGAGAAACCCCCUACCACUGCUCGAUCUGUGGGAAGAGCUUCUCUAGUUCAUCUAGUUUCAGAGUUCAUCAGAGAGUUCACACUGGAGAGAAACCUCACCACUGUAAUGUUUGUGGAAAAAGUUUCAGUCAACGUGGCAAUUUAGUGACACACCAAAAAACUCAUAAAGGUUAACUGGGGUUGACCGUGUAGUGCGCACCACAAACUCUUUAUUUUUCAAUCACUUCGCAAAGAGACUUAGAUUACACUGCUGAUUUUCAACAUACAGAUAUGAUUUAUACAUCAUUUAAAACAUUAAAGUAUCAACUCCCAAUAAAAACAGAAUGUUGUGCUUUUCGCAAAAUAAAGAAAAUAAACAUGAUGCGCAUUCUGUUCUCUCUCCCUCAGUGAAGUCCUUUCGGAAAUGCGUCAGAAAAAUUAACUAACUUAAUGAAUACUUUUCAUAUGAACAAAAGAUAAAUGUCUACAUAAUGCUUGGAAUGUUUACUUUUAAAUUAUAUAAGUGAAAUCGUACCGUACUGUCUUUCGCCUGUUACCUCAUUAUCUAGAAUGAGCUGAGAUCACUACGCCCGACUCCAUUGAAGUGAAAGAGCAGAGACGAUCCAUAAGCAUAAAUUAGCUCUCGCCCACAGUCCUGAUCCAGUCUCUACAUUCAUUCCUGUGCUGAGUUGUUUCAUACCGAUCGCACAUUACAUCUAAAUCAAUAUUUAGUCACGCCUGUGUAUCCUCACUAAAAGUUCUCUCCAUACGCAAGUGUUUUCUUUGUGCUUCCAUCAGACAGUGUGACACGACGACCAAAUGCACACACAAACACACAAGGCAUCAUAUUUUACGUGCUUUUUGGUAUUCUUAUGAAAUAAGCAACACAAGAAAGAUCCUAAACCUGAGACUUCAACAAAUGACGAUGGAGAGCUUAGCAUGGCAGCUAUCGCUAAGUUACUAGAACAGAACAGACAGGCCCACUUUUCAAACUUUAAGGCUACUACAUCUUUACUGGAGGCCAAGAUUGACCUGAUUCAAUCAACUAUUUUGGACCAUUAUGACAGGAUUACAUUGUUGGAAACCAAUAGCAAUGUAACAGAUGAACGUCUACUUGCUCUGGAGAAGUUAUGCUUGGGCCAGUCAGAAAGCAACUUUAAGCUACAGGCCACAGUCACCGAUCUAGAAUCGCGCAGCCGCCGGAUCAACGUUAGAUUAGUCUGUUUACCGGAGUCGAUCGAAGGGCCUCGUCCCUCUUCUUUCUUUUCUCAGUUGCUGUCGGGUGUGUUUGGUGAGUUUUUUUUUCCAACUCCACCUGAAAUCGACAGGGCCCAUAGAUCUCUUGCAGCCAAGCCAGAGGCAGGAGAGAAACCAAGGGCGGUAAUCAUCAGACUUCAUAAAUACCAACAGAAAGAGCUGAUCUUACGCAAGGCCAGAACUAAGAGAGGCAAUCUAAAAUACCAGGGUUAUCCGAUCGCAAUAUUUUAAGAUAACACGCCAGAGGUUGCAGCACAAAGAGCUACAUUUCAACACGUCAUGGCAGAUCUCAGAUCUUGGAAUGAGGCCUUCACUGCUCUUUUCAGCGAGACUCUUCACAAGAACUCUUGAUGGAAAUAGGAAAUCUUUCACGUCACUCACAGAGGCAGAGGACUUCUUAUCGUUGAUUCGCAGCGGUUCCUUCUCAUAGAACGUAACAUUAUCUGCUACACUGACUGAAAUGACGGCUUUGAUAUCCUAGUAGCGCUCAUUGCAGUUUCUUUGCUAAAUAUUACAGUCCCCUCUACUAAUGUAUUAUUUCCUGCCAUUGCCUGGCUCUUUGUGACCGCUACACUGUCUGAGAUGACAGUUUCGGUAGCCUUGACUUGUGUAUUCUUUUAUUAUUACUGUCACACUGUUUUUCGUUUUAUAAAGAGGCUUCACUGUGCGACAUGGCACAGUUCCUAUGCAUAUUAUCACAGCCAGUCCACUUUGCAUAUGGACUAUAUGUUCUGCCUUUGUCUGGCUCUUUUCAGAAAAUAAUAUGAUUGCUAUUUUGACUGAGAUAAAGGUUUUGGUAGCCUUGGUUUGUGUGCGCUUAAUUAUUAAUUUUUUUGUCUGUGGCACAGCUGAGGUUAUGUCUAUUUUUUUCAAUGCCUGCGUGUCACCGUCUGCAUGUAAAAAAGUGCAUCUGUCUGAUGGAGAUAAUUUUUUUUUUUUUGAGUCUAUUUAUCAUUCUGGGGAGUUUAAAUAUAUUGGAGGGGAGUUAAGGCCUAGCAAUUUAAGUCAUUUUCUAUAGAGCAUGUUACACUUGAAAUGUGUUGCUCUGGGAUUUUUCUUUAAAAUUGGUGGGAUUCUCAUGUUUUUUUCUUUCUUUCCUCUUUUUCUCUCUUCUUGUAAUGCAAAAAUAAUACUAUAUAUAUAUAUAUAUAUAUAUGUGUGUGUGUGUGUGUGUGUGUGUGUGUGUGUGUGUGUGUGUGUGUGUGUGUGUGUGUACCUGGUAAAUAUCACGUUGUGGGGACCAAUUGUCCCCACAAAUAUAGGAAUACCAGUGUUUUUGUGACCUUGUGGGGACAUUUUGAUGUCCCCAUGAGGAAACAAGCUUAUACAUCUAACAAGAUGAUGUUUAUUGAAAAUAUAAGGUACAAGAAAGGUUUUUGUGAUGGUUGGGGUUAGGGAAUGGGGCAGGUAAGGGGAAUAGAAUGUACAGUUUGUAUGGUAUAAAAUGCAUUACGUCUAUGGAAUGUCCCCACAAAACAUGGAAACCAGAUAUAUAUUUGAAGAGUUUGGUUCCAAAACGCAAUAAACGCCAUUUUUGAAAAAAAAGAGUUACUGCCAGAAUUAGUAUUAUAUCAGUAUUUAAAAGUACAUUCUUAAUUUUACGCAAAAUCCAAUAUCUGUCAUCUUUUCUCCCUUUUUUCCCAAAACACAAUAAAUGCCACUCCUCCUUUUCUACAGAAUGCAAUAAAUACACUCCACAAAUUACAGUGCACCAUUCCACACAAUGUAAACAAACAAUGGUGGCGCGUUGAGUACACGGAAUCUUAGUUUUCCUCAUCUACUUUGUACUUCGUGAUCAACAAACAAACAAAAACAAAAUAAUACUUUAAUGGCUUGGAUAAACCUGUGAUGGUUUUUUGUGACAGAAAAGAAACGGAAGCCAUCAACAUCUAACCCCGGAUUUCCACCGACUGCGGAACGGCUGCGGAUCCGCUGCGGAACGGCGGCGGAGUCAAUCGGUUUCCAUUCAAGUCAAUGUGUGUAUUUCCACUGACUGCGCUCCGAAUCCGUCACAGCUCCGGCCAUCCGCAGCCCUCCGGCACAAAUACGCAGAGCUUCUAUUUUUGACGGAUGCCGGACAGCUCCGCAGGGCGGAGCAAUGACUUUAUCGCGUGAUCAUACCUGAAUUCACGAGAACUCGUGUUUUUUUAUUAAAUCUUUGCAAUACAAACAUUACAAACACACACAAAUAAAGUCAUUAAUACAGAAACAACAAAUAAUAGACAGGAACAGAGCCAGGGGGAGUUUCAAAUAAAUACAUUAAAGAUAGAGCAUAUAUAAAUGUUUUAGCAGCCUUCUUAUUUUUUGAAUUUUGGAUGGAUUUGAUGUACUUCUCUGUCUACGCGAGAUCUCGUGUUGUGAUCUGGGCUGGUUUGUAAAAAAGUCAUAAUUCAACGGCAUAAUGGGCAGAGACAGAACUAGGUAUCGCGCGAUCAUCACGUGAAUUUGCGAGACCUCGUCACUUCAGCACGCAGCCGCUCU